AUGAUUGAUAGAUAUGUAGACAACCUGUGUCUCCUCACGCCGCCUGAUGAUGAGGAGGAGGAGCGGAAAAACACAAAGGCUGUUUUGAAGCUUCUGGAUCCUGUAGAACAUUUGGAGCAAUGGCGCGUCAUCUGCAUUGACUUCCAUCGUUUCCGAGCAAAAUGUCCGGACAAAUGCAAGGAGCUGAUCCGUCAAGGAAUUCCGGAAUUUCUUCGUGGUUCUGUGUGGCAGAAGCUCGCGCUUUCACGGGAGCUGCUGCACAAGCACCCGAAGGAUAUCUAUGAGCAGAUGAGACGAGCCGAAGAAGCCCCGUGCGAGGGCGAUAUUGUUCGAGACAUCAACCGCACUUUCCCAAAGCACGUCCUUUAUCGUGACAAGCAAGGGUUGGGCCAGCAGCAGCUGCUGAAUGUACUGAGAGCAUACUCAGUAUUCAACGCCGAAGUUGGAUACUGUCAGGGUAUGGGAUUCAUCUGCGGCGUCUUGCUGAUGUACAUGGGUGAGGAUGAUGCAUUUCUGAUGCUGAUAUCGCUGCUCGAGAACUAUCGGAUGGCCGGACUUUUCAUGCCGAAUCUCCCACUCCUCAACAAGUACUUCUUCCAGCUGCAAAGGCUGUUGGAGAUGAAUCUGCCUCACCUGUACGAGCAUCUUGCUGAGCAAGGUGUUGAGCCGACCAUGUAUGCCUCUCAGUGGUUCAUGACUGUCUGCAUCUACAACUUUCCCUUCUCAACAGUUGUGCGAGUAUGGGACAUCUUCCUGGCAGAGGGAGUGAAAAUAAUCUUUCGCAUUGCUUUGGCGCUGCUGAAGUUGAACCAGGAUGCCCUCCUGAACCAAUCGUUUGAGCAAAUCCUGCAGACUCUGAAACAGGCGCCCAGCGCCGUGGAAUCUGAGAUGCUCAUCAAGACGGCGCUCAGUAUCAAGCUAAAGAACAAGACAUUGAAGGACAUCGAGUCUGAGUGGCUUCUGGAAAGGACGCCAGGUUUAUGA